AUGGUGCCCAAACCAAAGUUCCAAUUCGCCAUUGAAGAGAUUGAAUUAUCUGAUGAUGAAGAAGAUCAAGAGGAUCAAGAAAAUGAAUUGAUAGAAAAAGAGUUUAAAGACAUUAUUCAGCAAAGUAUCUCAAACCUAGAGAAGGAUGCAGCUGUCACACCACAGGUUGUGACUGAAAGGGAAAGUGACACAACAGUGCAAUCUUCCAUACCGACACAUGAACAUAUGGAUGCUCUCAUAGAAGAAUUUCACCGAACUGUAAGGAAGCCUCCCCAAACAGUUCCUGUCGCUACUGAACCUCCAUCUGAAAGUGAUCCAUAA